AUGGUAUUACUUAACAUAGAACUAAGUAUUAUAAGAAGAAGCCUGGCUCCUAGCCAGCUGGCCAAGAGGAAGCCUGAAACUCAUGGCUCUGAGGAUGAUGAGGACUGGUUUCCUAAAGCUACUCUGAAGAGGCAGAAACAUGGCAGCAAAGUUGAAAAUAGAGAGUGUUAUUUGUCGCCUUUCCGAAAACCUUUGGCUCCAUUAAUCAAUCAGUCUCAUUUUCUUGAUGGCUGCAGACAUGAGGCCUUUAUCCGCAGCAUUUUGUCAAAACCUUUCAAAGUGCCCAUUCCAAACUAUACAGGUUCCCUGGGCUUAAGGGCACUAGGUGUCAAACGAGCAGGGGUUCGGCAUGCUCUCCACGACCCUUUUGAAGAAGGAGCUUUGGUGCUGUAUGAACCUCCGCCUCUGAGUGCUCAUGAGCAGUUGAAAAUAGACAAGGACAAAAUACCUGUACAUGUUGUGGUGGAUCCUGUGCUCAGUCGUAUUUUACGACCCCACCAGAGAGAGGGGGUGAAAUUCCUGUGGGAGUGCGUGACAAGCCGUCGGAUCCCUGGAAGUCAUGGCUGCAUCAUGGCAGAUGAGAUGGGUCUGGGAAAAACCUUGCAAUGUAUCACUCUGAUGUGGACACUCUUGCGCCAAAGCCCAGAUUGCAAGCCUGAAAUUGACAAGGCGAUUGUGGUCUCGCCUUCCAGCCUUGUGAAAAACUGGUAUAAUGAAGUGGAGAAAUGGCUUGGAGGAAGGAUUCAACCUCUGGCUAUUGAUGGAGGCUCCAAAGAGGACAUAGACAAUAAGCUAGCUGGAUUUAUGAAUCAGAGAGGACUAAGAGUCCCUUCUCCCAUCCUGAUAAUUUCCUAUGAAACAUUUCGCCUUCAUGCUGAAAUUCUCCGGAAAGGGAGUGUUGGACUAGUCAUAUGUGAUGAGGGUCACAGAUUGAAGAACUCAGACAACCAGACAUACCAGGCUCUCGACAGCUUGAACACACCGCGACGGGUGCUCAUCUCAGGAACCCCCAUUCAGAAUGACCUCCUUGAAUAUUUCAGUCUAGUGCAUUUUGUCAAUUCAGGCAUCCUAGGGACAGCUCAGGAGUUCAAAAAACACUUUGAAAUGCCCAUUCUGAAGGGCAGAGAUGCAGAUGCAAGUGAGGCGCAAAGGCACAAAGGAGAGGAAAGACUUAAAGAGCUCAUCAGCAUUGUCAACAGGUGUCUCAUAAGGAGGACUUCAGAUAUUCUCUCCAAAUAUUUGCCAGUCAAAAUUGAACAGGUGGUGUGCUGCAGGCUGACUCCCCUUCAGUCUGAACUAUACAAACACUUCUUGAAGCAAGCCAAACCAGCUGAAGAUUUGAAAGAGGGAAAGAUGAGUGUUUCAUCUCUCUCCUCAAUCACGUCUCUGAAGAAGCUGUGUAACCACCCAGCGCUGAUCUACGAGAAGUGUACGGAAGAAGAAGAAGGGUUUGCGGGUGCUCUGCAGUUGUUUCCUUCUGGCUACAGUAUUAAGUCUCUAGAACCUCAACUCUCAGGAAAGAUGCUGAUUUUGGAUUAUAUUCUGGCAGUUACUAGGAGCACCACUAAUGAUAAAGUAGUCCUUGUGUCUAAUUACACCCAGACACUGGACCUCUUUGAGAAGCUUUGCAGAACUAGGAGGUACUUGUAUGUCCGUCUGGAUGGCACUAUGUCUAUCAAAAAGAGAGCAAAGAUGGUGGAACGCUUCAACAGCCCCUCUAGCCCUGAAUUCAUUUUCAUGCUGAGCAGCAAAGCUGGUGGCUGCGGCUUAAAUCUGAUUGGAGCAAACAGACUUGUGAUGUUUGAUCCAGACUGGAAUCCAGCCAAUGAUGAACAGGCUAUGGCCCGUGUGUGGCGAGAUGGGCAGAAGAAGACUUGCUAUAUCUAUCGAUUGCUUUCGACAGGGACAAUUGAAGAAAAGAUCUUCCAGAGGCAGACCCACAAGAAGGCUCUCAGUAGCUGUGUAGUAGAUGAGGAGCAGGAUGUCGAAAGACACUUCUCUCUUGGGGAACUGAAAGAACUUUUCACAUUCAAUGAGACCACCCUGAGUGAUACCCAUGACAAGAUCAAGUGCCGUCGCUGUGUGAAUGGCCAUCAAGUCAGGCCGCCUCCAGAGGGGUCUGACUGUACUUCUGACCUAUCCCAGUGGAACCACUGUGCUGAAAAACGUGGCCUCCAAGAUGCUGUCCUCAAAGCUGCCUGGGAUGCUGCUGUUACAUUCACCUUCCAUCAUCAUUCUCAUGAGGAGCAACGGGGAAUAGCAUGAUCUUUGGUUUGGACUAUUUGAAUUUCAGUCUGUUCCUUCAGAAAAACAGUUAUUCAAGCAUCUACACCUGUUACCCUAAUUGGCAAUAUUAGGGUAGCUCUUUUCAAUGCCAUGUUGUAUGAGAAGAUGGUCUUUUCUGCAGGAUGUACUCCUGACAAACUUUGCAAAAACUCUGGGUCAGUCAUCUGGUCACAGAAUGAUUUGGGCCAUACAACAUGGAACUUGGGUAAAGCAGGUUUUUACAAAUCCUCCUUUUUUCCUUUAAAAGGAAGUUUAGACUUUUACCUUCCAG